AUGGAGCAUUCUUCGAUUAUACACUACUUAAGUUCUUCCAUCGAAGCCGAUUGGGUAGCACAAAGUGAAAUUAUUACGAGACACAUUAGCAGUAACAGAAUUGCUGUAAGCGACAGUAGUAAAAGCGAGAGCAGCAUCGUCAGUAACAGUAAUAGCACUACCACAACUGAAGAGCCAGUAGGAGGUGCUGCUAGUAGUAGCAGUAGCAUUAUCCAUAGACGUUAUGUCAGUCCAGAUGAAGCUGAGAAGCAAGCAUUCAAUCAUGCUGAUGCAUCUAAUGAAGGAUCUUUAACAAAACAUCAAUAUAAAAUAGCAAUGACGGCAUUGUUUGGUUACUCCCCUAAUAAAUCGGAGAUAAAUUAUGUUUUCCGCUCUUCUUCAAAUAAAAAGAUUUCGCUCGAGGAAUUCGAGUAUUGGGUAUUUAAAAAAUGUCCUAUAGGUCAGUCGACGAUUAGUUUAGAAACUAUAUUUGGUUUGAUAGAUAAUGAUAAUAAAGGAUAUUUAACAAUGACAGAUUUAUGGAAAGCUAGUGAAGUUAUUGACAUGAGAAUAUCACCAUCGAUAUGGUAUAAAACAUUUAAAGAAUUAGAUCAGUACCAAAAGGGAUAUAUUGAUCUGGCUGAGUUUAUAUACAUUUUCACUAAUAUCAAAAAUAAUAUUAAUCUUAGUUAUACAUAA